CCCGUAGCUGGGCGAUGUGUGCCCUCGUGUGUGUGUCUGCAUUGAACGUCGAUUUAAUGCGCGUGUGUGCGUAUUAAGCAGCACUGUAGUCCGUCGCUUUCGUCGUUUUCGUUCGUAGCGAAUCUUCUGCCUAGGCUCACGCAUAAAUCCCGUGCAAUUAGCGUAGGCCGUGUUCGGUGGUUUGCUUGUGUUUUGGGCGAAAUUUGUGCAACCCCGAUUUGUGCAACCAGCCUGUAAUUCAGGACGUGCACAAAUAGCUAAAAGCGAACGUAUAUUUCGGUAGGCUACUGCACGCAAGCUACAGGCCGACGAGUGUCUUUGGUGGAGCCAGUAGUACAAAGCAACAGAUCCGAAAAAUGGGAAAUGAAACCUCGCUACCGAUGGAGCUGUGCUCGAACUUUGAUGCGGAUGAAAUCCGUCGGUUGGGCAAGCGGUUCAAGAAGCUCGAUCUCGACAAUUCCGGCGCCCUGAGCAUCGACGAGUUUAUGUCCCUGCCCGAGCUGCAGCAGAACCCGCUGGUGCAGCGUGUGAUCGACAUCUUCGAUGCGGACGGUAAUGGGGAGGUCGACUUCAAGGAGUUCAUCCAGGGUGUGUCCCAGUUCAGCGUGAAGGGUGACAAGCUGUCGAAGCUAAAGUUUGCCUUCCGAAUAUACGACAUGGAUAACGAUGGAUACAUCUCGAACGGGGAGCUGUUUCAGGUGUUAAAAAUGAUGGUCGGCAAUAAUCUAAAGGACACGCAGCUGCAACAGAUCGUGGACAAGACGAUCGUGUUCGCGGACAAGGAUGAGGAUGGCAAGAUUUCGUUCGAUGAGUUCUGUUCGGUGGUGGGCAAUACGGACAUACACAAAAAGAUGGUCGUGGAUGUUUAAAGCACCGGUGUGCGCCCGGUCGGGGUCGAUCCAUCCGCUUAACCUCUUCCACCAUACAGCAACGGGUAUUCACCACAAACGAAACUCGUACGUACGUACUACGCCAGGAGGGCAAACGAAAAAGGGCAAGAGCAGCUUCGUUCUAAAACUAUUGCAAUUAUGUGCACCAUUAUACUUAAAAAAAAACCCCCGUACAGUUUACCACACGCAGUGUGCGCCAUUUCUUUUCUCCAUCAACAAGGGCGGCCAUACACACGCACACGACGCACCCUAAAUUGCUUAAACUUUACAUUCAAAGCAACGCUCACACCAUCUCGCGUUGUUAUGUGUUAUGUGGUUGAGUCGGUUAAUUAAAUUGGCAGGAAAAUCAGACCCAUGCUCCCCAUCACAUAGCAUCAGAUGCCAGAGAGAUGAUGAUGAUAGGGGAGUGGGGGGUUAGGUGUUUGUGUGUGUGUGUUUUUUAAAUCGGAUCCAGUGUUUUUAAUCUUCCUUAAGCCACCUUUUAUACAUCGCGUCCCUAGAGCAAUAAUUGUAUAUGCCCUUUUGUUUGUACGUAAUUGUUUAACAAGAAGCAGUGAGAGGAGCCAACAUAUAAUGUUUUACCCCGUUACAUUUACACACACACACACUCACCGUUGUUGUUGGUAUGUCCUGUACUCUUGGUGGAGCGCGAUAGUCUGUGAAUCUUUGUUAUCGAACGUUUAAAACAAAACAAAAAACCCACAAGAGAGCAGAUGGAUUUAUUAUGCUAAGAGCAUUAUGUUGUAUAGUUUCGUUUUGUUUUUUUUUUCCUUUUGUUUUUAUUUGUUUCAAACAUUAUCUACUUACGUAUUAUUCUAGACCAAUGUAGUUAAGUAAAGAGAAAAAAGUAUGGUAUAAAGAGAAAAACAAAAUAAAAACUGCGUGCGAUCUGUCGAUUCUGUACAUUUGGGCAGUAAAAUUCAUCCAAAGCAAAAAAGUAAAUCGUAUGAAAGAUUAACCCAACACACACGACACACGUGUCGUUUGGCAUUCUUGAAAACCUUCCCCCCGAAGCCGUGACCCUUAGUUAAACUAACAACCUACUAACAACGAGAUUUACAAUCACAAAAUCUAUUAAGUUGGCUUCCCAAGUUCCGGGGCGGUUUUUUACGUUUUCCUCGUAAAGGAGUUCCAUUAUUCCUCUAACAAAAAAAUCUAGAAAGAAAAGAACACCUAACUGAUGCAAAACAAAUGGCAUUCAUACUGUAAGGCAGCAGAUUCUAAUUGGCACCGUUAAUCUAAUAUUUUGAAACAACAAAAAAGGAAUUUUAAAUGUUAAAUGGAAUUUUAAAUGUUUAAAAACAUUAAAUUAUCGGAAAAUCUACACACACACCCACACAGUCGGCACCUAAAUAUGAAUACAUUUAAACCAUGCUUUUUUAAAGUGUGAAGGAAACUUGAGGGCAAAUGUGCAAUCAUUAGCAUGCGAAAAUCUGUUCGAAACUAAAGACCAAGCGAGCUGGUGUUGUUUUCUUAUAAUUUAAAAAUCAAUUGAAAAUGUUUAGCGACGGGAGUAAUCGUUCAGUAAAAUGCAAAACCAAAAAACAAAAAACAUGGAAAGAAGAAAAUCGUGUACUUAUGCGUGUAUACAAUGUAUAUGUAUAUUAUACAUAUAUGAAACACUUAAAAAUGAGUUGCAAGUUUGUUAACGUAGUUCAUUCUAACACGCCCCAGGACGAUCUUAACUCCAGUUUUGUUUUCUAAACCCCUUUACCACAUACAUUAAACAAACCCAACGAUCCCGAUAACUCUCACGUUCGUUUGUAUCCAUAUUUCCUUGCUUUCCACAAAACCCCACAGGGAAACCUUCGCACGCGCGUGCAAACUGUUUUGUCAGGCGUACAAGUAAAAGCAUAAGAAGCAUCACCUACGUUCGGUACAUCAAUUACAACCGUUUACUGCACAAUCGUCAAUGUGCAUGUAGGGGCAACAGCAAAAAAAGCCAUAUUUUCACGUUAGAACAGAUCCUUAGGUUAGGAGUAAAUUUACUUGCAAAACAAACAAAACAAAAAAUGCGGGAAGGAGGAUAACACGUGUGUGUGUGUUCGCCGUAAGAUUUGAAACAUAUUUAAACAAGCAUACGAAGAGAGUUGCGUCAAAAAUGCGCGCAUCUCAUGGUAAUAUCUCUCUGUGCACAUUUAAACAUACACACGGGACAGGACACGUGUUCUCAAACACUACUCUUUGGCACGGACGGAUUGGGACGUGUUUUAAAAAAGGGAAUUCGUGUCGGGCUUGCCGGCACAAGCAAUACCCUGCUGCGAUCUGUGUCUUCACGAAUCUCUCAAUUCCCUGCACGAAAAUCCACAUUGUGUGGCGCGCAUUCCGUCGUGAAUUAAAACCUCCUCACACGUGACUCACCCAGUGUAUGUGUCUGUCACUUUCGCCAUAUUCGCACUCAAAAAAAAAUCGAAUAACACACGGAUUCAUUAUACGGCGGAGCAAAAAACCCCGCCAUGGCAACGUCCACACAACACCGACCGACGGUAACCAACUUUGUCUCCUAACCCAAAAACUGUGCUACGAAUAAAGCAGAAACUGUACUCUCUGAAA